AUGAGCCAAUCAAUAUUGGCAAAUAAAUCAGAUGCAUCAUUUUCAACAGCAACAGUAAGAGAAUCUAUCACUUCACCAACAUCUCCAGCAACAACGACACCGAUGAUAAAAAAAACACCUUCACCUCGUCGACAAACAUCAAGAACUAUAAAUUCCAUUAAUAAUAAUCGUACAUCACCACAACCACUGAAUGAAACAACAACCACUAAUAGUGCACGUGUAAUUAAGCCGAUAGCUGUUCGACCAUCAGAUUCUGUGCCAUACAAUCUCAGAAGUCGUUCAAAAUUAAAACCAAAUGAUCAAUCAAGAUUAAUACCAUCGUUUAAUGAAAAAUUAUCGUUAGGUAAAACGUCAACAGAACAAUCAUUGAAUACUUCGCCUUCUGCUGAUGAUGAACAACAAAAUAGACUUUUAUCCGUGCCUACAACUUCAGUAUCGAAUGAAACAGUACAACAAAAGUCAAAUCAAAAACUAAUAUCUCCACCAUUCACUCGAUCAGCUGCUGCUUCAGCCGGUGUCAAAAUUGACGAUUUAGUUGGUUUAUCGACACCUGUGUCGUGCGAAUUUACAGUACCAGAUGUGCCAUCUGUUCAAGCAACGACUUAUGCAACGAACAUCACGAAUACGACUAAUAAUAGUGCCAGUAUGAACGUAACAAAAACAAUGCGAAAUCAGCCUCAAACACAACAACAGAAUCAACAACAACAACAACAACAUGCCGUUAUGACACGUUAUGCAACACGUAAACGUAAAUGCGAAGAUGAUCAUCGACCAUAUUUAGAUUUAUUGAAAAUGAAACAGAUAACACAAUCAAUGCGUCAUCAAAGUGGUCCGUCACGCGAUCCAGAUGAUGAAGACAGCGGAUGUGAUUAUGAUUCUCCCGCUCAUUCGCCAGUUGAAUUUACCGAUUUACCACCACAACAAUUUGAAGAUAGCAAUAUGAGUUACGAUUCUGGUUUUUCCGCUGGUUCCGGUGAUCGUAAAUAUACAGAUCUUGAUAUUACUGAAAUUGAAAAUCAUUAA